AUGUCGAAACGAAAGCGCGGCCCUAGAAAGUCCAAACCGCCUAAGCGCGUUCGCAUGGCUAUGCAAGAUGCUGCUCAAGAAGCAGCAAUGGAAGCAGAAAUCGCUGCCGCUGAAGCUGCUGCUGUUGCCGCCGCUGAAGCAGAGAAAGCAGCAGCAAUGGCGGAAGCAGCAGAAGCAGCAGCAGCAACAGGAGACGAGGGCGAGGACGAGGAAAUCAAUGCUAUGUCACAAUCUCAACGGCCCAAUGCAGCCAACUGGGGAGGCUUGCUUGUGCGGUACCAAGAGUACAUGAACCUUCGGGUUCAAGAAGGAUACGAGAUUGCUCGCCGUUUGGCAAGAAAUUGCCCUCGGCCUGUGCGUUUUAGCACAGUUUGGUCUACGUGCUUUGAGCAAAAGUCGUAUAAAUGGACAAAUUGGCAUGAAGUGGUUCGUCCUUCUGCUAUGGUGCACGAUAUCCGGUCGAGGAUCCAGCAAAUUGGUGAAAAGAAGAUCACAAUUGUUAUCAGGGCAAUUGAUGGUUUGACAUGCAUUGAGGAAGACUUUGGCGGUUUCCUCACAAUGGUCAUCAACGAGGGCAAAGACGCCCAAAUCGUCUUCCAGAUGGAAAAAGGUCUUUGA